AUGUCAGUGGAUUUCAAUACUCUAGCUCAACAAUUUACUGAGUUUUACUACAACCAAUUUGAUACCGAUAGAACGCAAUUGGGAAACUUGUACCGCGAGCAAUCAAUGUUGACGUUUGAAACGACGCAGCUACAGGGUGCUAAAGACAUUGUCGAGAAGCUUGUUUCUUUACCAUUCCAAAAGGUGGGCCACAGAAUCAGUACAUUAGAUGCUCAACCUGCAUCUCCAAAUGGCGAUGUGCUUGUAAUGAUUACUGGUGACCUUUUGAUCGAUGAUGAACAAAAUCCUCAAAGAUUCUCCCAGGUCUUCCAUUUAAUGCCAGAAGGAAGUUCCUAUUAUGUAUUCAACGACAUUUUCCGUUUGAACUACUCCGCAUAG